CCAAAUCCAAAUCGGCGAGGAACAACCAAUAACAAUGCGCUACGCUCAGGUGGUGAUAGGUCCAGCAGGAAGUGGCAAAUCCACUUACUGUUCAUUCAUGCAACGGCAUGCACAAGAUUCCAAACGUGUUAUUGAAGUUGUCAAUCUAGAUCCCGCCGCGGAACAUUUUGAUUAUCAACCUCUGGUGGAUAUACGUGACCUAAUACAGCUGGAUGAUGCCAUGGACGAUGAAGAGCUGCAUUUCGGUCCGAAUGGUGGUUUGGUGUUUUGUUUGGAAUUCCUGAUCGAAAAUCAAGAUUGGUUAAAAAAUCAGUUGUGUGGUGGUGGUGGCGAUGAUGAUGAAGAUGCUGCUGAUGAGUUGGGCGGUGAACCGGAUGAUGAUUAUAUCCUUUUCGAUAUGCCGGGACAAAUUGAACUAUUCACUCAUCUAAAUAUGGGCAAACAAUUGGUCCAGCUGCUGGAGUCGUGGAAUUUUCGUAUUUGCACGGUAUUUCUAGUCGAUUCCCAGUUUAUGAUAGAUGGUGCCAAAUUUCUAUCGGGCACCAUGGCCGCCCUAAGUGUAAUGGCAAAUUUGGAAAUGCCUCACGUUAAUGUCCUGACAAAAAUGGAUUUGCUCAGCAAGGGUGCGAAAAAACAGUUGGAUAAAUAUUUAGAUCCAGAUCCCAGGGCGCUGUUGGGUGAUGUCACCGAGGAAUCAGCAUGGGGGCGGCAACAUCGUAAGCUGUCAGCGGCAAUUGGUAGUCUGAUAGAGGAUUUUAGCUUAGUUCGCUUUGUACCCAUGAAUGUGGACGAUGAAGAAAGUAUACAGGAUUUGCUUCUGCAAAUCGACAAUGUCAUCCAAUAUGGAGAAGAUGCUGAUGUCAAGGUUCAUGAUUUUGAUCCACCUGAGGAAGGUGAUGAAGACAAUUGUAAAAAUAUCUUUGAUAUGUAG